AUGUGCAUGACAAAGAGAACCAUGAUGGAUAGAACCCUCUCAUGGGUGGAUCUGCUGUGCAUCAGAAAAACAGCAGCAGGACACCAAAGCCUGAAAGGAGCAUGCAUUGAGAAUGAAGGUGAAGGGGAUGCAGAUAAUGACAAGGAGGGCAUGUUCAAUGCUGACAAAGAUGAUGACAAUGCCAGUGACACUCAGGCACAACACUGCAUUGUGGCUACUAAACUUAGUGGUGCAAGCAAGCAACCACUGACAUUUCAUAACAACAAAGUAGCAAGGACCCCCUGUAUAUCAGCUACAGCCAUAGAGGCUCUUGAAGCCCUGAUGGCUUCAGAUGGGGAGACUGUGAAGCUGAAGAAGACAAGGGAUAAGCACAGUGCAGAGACUGUUACAUGUGAGCCCAAGACUGUGGAGAAUGCUAUUGAACAUGCAGGGCCAAAGAGGCAACAUGAGAUAGGUGUUGAAGAUGUCAACCUGACAACUGUGAAAGCCCAAAAGCUCACUGAUCAUGAAGGUCACCCCUGUGCCAAGGACUAUGAUGAUGUGACCCAAGAAUUCAUGACUGCAGCAAUUGGAGACUAUUGUGCAUGCCUAUGUGCCCAAUCCCCUAUACCCAACCAUGGCAAAGAGACCAUGCUGUUGGCAGCCUCUUGGAUGAGGCUGCAGUUUGCAAGUCCAUGUAGCCAAAGCAAGUCAGAAGAACUGGGCUUUAGCAGAGUCACUCAAAGAGGGUACAAAUUUUGCAUUCAAGGCAAGUAG